AUGCCAAGGUGUUUCAAGGAUAGUGGUUCAGUUUUGGCUCCUAAAGAUCAUCAUACAUGGGAUGUUUUCAAGCUUGAGACACGUCCUAGAGCACCACCAAGACCAGCACCAUCCGAAUCUCCUUGGUAUAGACACAUUGCCAACUACCUUGCUGCUGAGCUCCCACCGCCUCAAUUCUUUGGCUACAAGAAAAAGAAGUUCUUAAGGGAUGUUAAAAGAUGCAUUCCAGAGGAGGAGGUUCCAGGAGUUCUCUUUGCUUGUCAUGGUUCUGACUAUGCAGGACACUUUGCUACUAACAAGACCAUUGCUAAGAUAUUGCAAGCUGGGUUUUGGUGGCCCACCAUGUUUAAGGACGCCCAUACCUUUAUCUCUAAGUGUGAUGCUUGCCAGAGACAAGGGAACAUCAGCAAAAGGAAUGAGAUGCCACAAAACUUCAUCCAAGAAGUGGAAGUCUUUGAUGUUUGGGGAAUCGACUUUAUGGGUCCUUUUCCUUCUUCUUAUGGAAACAAGUACAUCCUUGUUGCUGUGGAUUAUGUCUCUAAGUGGGUAGAAGCCAUAGCCAGCCCUACAAACGACUCCAAGGUGGUGAUAAAGUUAUUCAAGUCAAUCAUCUUCCCAAGAUUUGGCAUCCCACGAGUUGUGAUUAGUGAUGGAGGAUCUCAUUUCAUCAACAAGGUCUUUGACAAUCUUCUGAAGAAAAAUGGAGUGAGACACAAGGUUGCUACCCCUUAUCAUCCUCAAACAAGUGGGCAAGUGGAGAUUUCUAACAGAGAAAUCAAGAGGAUCUUAGAGAAGACAGUGGGAAUGACAAGGAAGGAUUGGUCCAUGAAGCUUGAUGAUGCUCUUUGGGCAUAUAGAACUGCAUUCAAGACCCCACUAGGAACAACUCCUUUUCACCUUGUCUAUGGAAAAGCUUGUCAUCUUCCUGUUGAGAUUGAGUAUAAGGCGGAAUGGGCUGUAAAGAAGCUGAACUAUGACAUCAAGACAGCAAAGGAGAGGCGAUUGAUUCAGCUGAAUGAGUUGGAUGAAAUUCGCCAUGAUGCCUAUGAGAACUCAAGGAUCUACAAGGAAAGAACAAAAGCAUAUCAUGACAAGAAGAUAGUCCCCAAGACGUUCUCUCCCAAUGACCAGGUUCUCCUUUUCAACUCACGCCUUAAACUGUUUCCAGGAAAGCUUAGGUCGCGAUGGUCUGGACCAUUUAAGAUCAAGGAAGUGAAACCAUAUGGUUCUGUUGUGCUAUGGAACCGAAAUGGUGGCGAUUCACUGUCAAUGGACAAAGACUUAAGCCAUAUCUUGCAGACGUUGAGAAGGAUGAGAGAGAAACCAUUCCCUUAG